GGAAGGACUUGCUGAUGCCAUAGGCCAGGAUAAUACCCCAGACCAACACUGAGACACCGAUGCGGAUCCUGUUGUCGCGGACCUGUGCGAAUAAAACUGGGUGGACCACAGCCAUGUAGCGGUCCAGGCAGAUGCACACCUGUAGGACGAUCAGAGAGCGUUUCUGUCAGACGAACCCAUCACUCAUCUCUGUCGGCAGCUCCUAAAAGAUCUUCGACUCUGAAGUCCAAACAGAUCUUCAGCGUGAAAUCAUGCAGUCCUGCAGAACUGGAGGAGUCUUCCGACCUGAGAACAUAACAGACGCCUGCUUUUACGAAUUUGCGUGGUGCUUCAGUCCAGGGUCUGUUCUGGUGCCCCCGUUGGCCCUGCCCACCAACGCUCUGGUCAUACGCCUCCUGAUGAGCAAACCCAGGGUGACCUGCACCUCGGAGGUGUUCACGCUGCAGCUGGCCAUUCUCGACGCGUUCUUCUGCCUUCUGGUGUUUGGCGAGUACAUCAACUUCCUGCUCGUCAGGUCAGUGCUCGAGCUGAACUUCAUCUCCUGGGGCUUGAACCACGUGGGCGGACCGGUGCUCCUCUGCCUCUUGGCGUUGGACAGCUACAUGGCGGUGUCCCGCCCCGUGCUCUUCCUGCAGCUGAAGAAACCCAAGUUCAGGCUGUCGCUGUGUCUUCUGGUGGACGUCUUCACUGUCGUCUGCUGCUACCUGAUGAAGAACACCACCCACGUGAAAAGACCGCUGGUGUCGGUGCUCACCAUCUCCGCCAGCGUGAUCACCUUCAUCUGCAACAUCCUGGUCCUGCUGUCCCUCCGUCAAACGGGGCCCAACAAGAAGGAAGUCCAUCCCGUCAAAAGGCGAGCCUUCAAGAUCGUGCUGACCUCGUCGCUGCUGCUCAACCUCCACUACCUUCCCAUGGUGGUUGAGUCGAUCCUGAAGUUCUCCGUCCCUCAAGUCUUCAGCCCCUUCUCCUCCCUCACCUGUCUGACCAUCAACCUCAUGAACACCAGCAGCCUCUUCCAGCCCCUCGCCUAUCUGGUCCGGGCCAAGAAGCUGACCCUGAUGAGACCCUGCUGUGGACGGUCCGCUGUGUAGACAAAAGACGUCGCUUCUCCAGGUCUGAACACGCACUCUUUUUCUUUUUUCUUCUUCUUAUCU